AUGCUGCCUACUUGUGGCACCAGGCGGCAGAGCCUCAUCGUCCUCGCCGUGUUUGCCAUUCUGCUCUGCUCUUUGUUCUACAAUCACAAUGACCUGCACGUGCCGCGACUGCUCGUCGACUCGAGGUUCGUCCCGAAACCACACGAGCGGCUACCUCUGCUACCGGUAGCAAAGGAGGACCUUCAGAAAGUGCACGUCCUGCUUCCCGCGCCAAGUCGCGACGUGAGCACAUGCAAGACCUUGCUCUCAGCAACGGUUAUGGGGUAUCCGAUACCCCAUAUCCUCGGCCAUGGCGAGGGCGAACAUGACGAGACCCUCAUCGGCGGCGGCCGUCAUCUGUCCAAGAUCGAAAAGACUCUCGAGUGGCUCUCCUCGCAACCCCCCGAGCACGCCUCCGACACGGUCGUCGUCGUCGAUGCCUACGGCGCGUUCAACCACCACCCGUCGAACCCGACCGCGCACGCCACAGGCGAGGCCUGGUUUCAGCUCCCCCUCGACGUGCUCCUCAAGCGCUACCGCGGCAUCCUCGAAUCGUCCAACCGCCGCCUCGCGGAGCGGAUGGGCGUCGCCUUUGAAAAGGAGCAUGACAUUCGACAGCGCGUCGUCUUUGGCGCCGACAAGAUGUGCACCCCGGCCGACCCCGCGAGCGUCGCCUGCUACCCCAUCCCCGAGAGUCCCCUGCCCAAGGAGAUGUACGGCGUGUGGACGGAGGACAUGCGCCUCAACCACACGACACACCUCCACCGCUACCUGAGCGCCAACUUCAUCGUCGGCUCCGUCGAGGACGUGACCCGCGUCUUCACCCGCGCCAGCCAGAAGAUCGACCUGGCGCGCAACAGCACCAACGGCGCGUACGCCAUCAGCGGCAGCGACCAGGCCGUCUUCCAGCACAUGUUUGGCGAGCAGGAGUACCGACGCGAAGCGCUCCGUCGUCGCCACCACGGCGGACCCGCGGACCUCUCCGUCGUCGAGGGCGUCCUCGUCCACAACCCCCUGAACCCGACCUUCCCGCACGAGGUCCCGGACACGAUCAGCAGCCUCCCCGACCUGGGCAUCGCGGUCGACUACUGGGCCGACCUGGCCGUGCAGACAGAUCUCCACGAGGACGACGGUCGCUGGCUGACGUACGGGCACGACAUUCCCUCGCAGCUCAUCGGACGACGAGCAGGUCUCUGCGUGUCCCAGGUCGACGGCGCCCUACCCCUGGACCUACUCAACACCACGACCCGUCUUCCGCGCGCCAUCGUCUCGGACGCCGCGCUCUGGAGCCCCGCGCGCGGCUGGGACGAGAUGCCGCUCUACUCGAACCUCUGCCUCGAUACCAUCCCCGUCGUCGUCAACCACAACGGACCGCAGGAGGACCGCCACCGCGACUGGCCCGAGAUGUGGAUGCAGCCGCACGCUCGCCGCAUUCUCGACGGUCUCAUGAAGAAGACCGAGGAGGAAGGUCGCUACGAGAUCGCUGGCGGCGCGUACAUUGACUGGGAGUACACCGGCUGGGAGCAGCUCUGUCCCGCUGGGUUCGAGUCGGAGCUGUAUCGAGAGACGGCGUUCUUGGGGGAGCAGUCGUGA